AUGGCCACAAAUUUUGCUUCAAGGUCCAUUUUCUUCUCCCAUUCCACCAAGCUCUUAAUCUUCCCUUUCAAACCUUCUUCUUCCCACCUCCCCUUUUUUCUUCCUCUCCGUUUCACAAGAACAACCUGCACUUUGCAACAUCAACAACACAGACAACCUCAAACUACUCGGAGUGUCAUCGGAAUCCUCGAAGAAAGAGGCUUACUCGACUCCAUAACAAACGAUUCUCUCAGAAGCAUUUCAUCAAACACCAUUAACGCACCCCUCAAAGUCUACUGCGGGUUCGACCCUACUGCCGAGAGCUUGCACUUGGGCAACCUAUUGGGUCUCAUUGUUCUCUCUUGGUUCCGCCGUUCUGGACAUAACGUGGUUGCUUUGAUCGGCGGAGCCACCGCGCGGGUCGGUGACCCAUCUGGGAAAAGCCUUGAAAGACCAGAGCUUGAUGUAGAAACCUUGGAGAGGAACACUGUAGGUAUUGAAAAUAUUAUUAGAACAAUAUUGGGUCGUGCUAAAAAUCCUAACUUUGAAGAUUUGAAUGUGAAUGGUAAUGGUAAUGAUUCUUCUGUUGUGGUUUUGAAUAAUUAUGAUUGGUGGAAAGAGUUUAGUUUGUUGGAUUUUCUGAAAAGGGUUGGGAAGUAUGCUAGAGUAGGUUCAAUGAUGGCUAAGGAGAGUGUUAGGAAGAGAUUAGAAUCUGAACAAGGAAUGAGUUAUACUGAGUUUACUUAUCAGUUAUUGCAGGGUUAUGAUUUCUUGCAUUUGUUUCAAAAUGAGGGUGUUAAUGUUCAAAUUGGGGGUAGUGAUCAAUGGGGCAAUAUAACUGCUGGAACCGAGUUGAUUAGGAAGAUAUUGCAGGUAGAAGGUGCUACUGCUACCUAUGGUUUGACAUUUCCUCUUUUGUUGAAAAGUGAUGGUACGAAAUUCGGUAAAUCUGAGGACGGUGCAAUUUGGUUGUCUCCAUCUUUGUUGUCUCCAUAUAAGUUUUAUCAGUAUUUUUUCUCUGUUCCAGAUGCUGAUGUUAUUAGGUUUUUGAAAAUUCUUACCUUUUUGGAUAUUGAUGAGAUAGUUAAGUUGGAGGAAGAGACGAAGAAACCUGGAUAUGUGCCUAAUACUGCUCAGCGGAGACUUGCCGAAGAAGUUACCCGAUUUGUUCAUGGUGAAGAUGGUUUGAGAGAAGCUCUUAGAGCAACUGAAGCAUUGAAGCCAGGAUCUGAGACAAAGUUGGAUUGGAAAACUAUCGAGGGGAUUGCGGAGGAUGUUCCGUCUUGUUCUUUAGCUUAUGAUGAGGUUUUGAAUCAGUCUUUGGUUGAUCUUUCGGUAUCUUCGGGUUUGUUCGACAGUAAAUCUGCUGUGCGCCGGUUGUUAAAGCAAGGAGGUCUGUACUUGAAUAAUAGCAGAGUAGAUAGUGAAAAUAAGAGGAUUGAGGCAGCUGAUAUAGUGGACGGUAAAGUUCUCCUUUUAUCUGCAGGAAAAAAGAAUAAGGUACUGGUACGAAUAGCAUGA